GCGUUUUGUCACAGUUACAAUUUACCACUCGUCGGCGACGGACGCGCGCUCUCCUCCGCUGGCCAAGAAAAUCAAAGAAAAGCUCGCUCAGCUAACGGUUCUUCAGGAGCGUUUCUAACACCAACACAAGUACAUACACGUACACACAUACACACACAGCGAACGGCAGUCGUCAGGCCGUCUCGUAUAAAAUCUGUUGCAUCACUGCUGCGGCACUUCAGUCGUUCGAACGCGUGCGGCCCGAGAAGUGCAGUUUUGCAGUUUCGAGUUAACAAAAAAACCUAAUCAAAGUAAACAAACUCAACUGAAUAUUUUGCGCAAAGAAUCGGAAAGUCGAAAAGUCGGAAAGUCGUAAACUUGUAAAGUCGGAAACUACGGAAGCUACGAUGCUCGGCUGCAGUGACCACUUAGGCAGCCUAAGAUGAAACUUACGGAUACGAAUACGAAUACGAAUACGGAUACGGAUUAGCGAGUUAUCCGCGUUGAACAUUUCCAAAGACCCACUUACCUCAGUGCAAUGCUUUAGGCGCCAAACCCAUCAAGUUUAUUCCAAAAUCAGAACUCUAAAAAGCAGCCAAAAUUAACGCUCUACAAGGCAUCAAGAUUCUACCCUCCUUCGCGCAACUGAAAAUGCUGAACAUGGAGUCGCCGCAGAUGUACGCCGAUGCCGUUCAGACAUUGGCCCAGCUGGACCUCAAGAAGGAGCCUCCGCUGCAGCAGGCCACCAUUGGCCAGAUCACCCUGACGGCCAUGUCCACGGCGCAGCAGCAGCAGCAACAGCAGCAGCAACAACAGCAGCAGCAGCAGCAACAGCAGCAACAACAGCAGCAGCAACAGCAGCAGCAGCAGCAACCACAGCAGCAGCAGACUACGGAUGCGAACAACAACACAUCGCAGGACGCGUCACUGCUGGUCAAGCAGCACGCCAUGCACCAGAUGCAACAGGUCGCCGCCCUGGGCAGCAACAACAACCUGCUGCAGAAGCAGAUGCUGCAGCAGUACACCACCCAGACGGACCUGGACGAGCUGACCACCCAGGAGAUCACGCUCGAUCUGCAGCACCUGAUAGACGACCAGUUCAGGGACACGGAAACGCUGGGCAUCUUCAGCGACAUGGUGACCAGUCCGGGCGGCCUCUCCGCCACCCUGCCGCCCAGCGGCAUGGUCUCCGCGGCGGCGAAGGUCCUGCAGCAGCAGACGCUGCGCAACCAGCACGGCUACGGGGGCAGGGGCGGCGGCGGUGGGGCAGGAGGCGCGCUGGCCUACAUGCCGCAGCCCGUGCACGCCACGUACAACAAUUCCAGCGACGAGAACAGCUCCGUGGGCUCCGACUCCAGCACGAUCAAGGAGGAGCCCAUCGAUCCCGAGUACAGGCGCCACCUGCAGGAGGCGGCCAGCCAGCAGGCAGCGUUCAUGGGCAACGGCGGCGGCCUCUACAACGGCUACGGAUCGGGAGCGAACGGGCUGUCCGGAGGCGGAAACCCACUCAAUGGGGGCAACACGACGCCCAGCAGCAAUGGGAGCAACGGCAGCACGGGCAGCAGCAACGGCAGCCAGUUCACCAACCUGACCACGGCCAACGUCCUGGCGCACCACAACCUGCCCCACCUGGCGGCCGCCGCAGGAGCACACAACCUGCUGAAGCAGCACAGCAAGCUGCACGCGCAGCAGCAGCACCAGCAGCACCAGCAGCAGCAGCAGCACCGCAAGCACAGCAACAAGCACGUGGACAAGGGCACGGAUGAGUACCGCCGGCGGCGGGAGCGCAACAACAUUGCGGUGCGCAAGAGCCGGGAGAAGGCCAAGGUGCGCUCCCGCGAGGUGGAGGAGCGGGUGAAGAGCCUGCUGAAGGAGAAGGACGCGCUCAUCCGGCAGCUGGGCGAGAUGACCAACGAGCUGCAGCUGCACAAGCAGAUCUACAUGCAGCUGAUGAACCACGCUAAUCCCGAAGUCAGUCGCGUCUGCCGCAGCUUCCUCAACACCAACGAGCACUCGCUGUAGCUGCCGCACAGCUAGUGUCCUGUGUGCAUGUGUAUGCAUGUGUGUCUGUGUGAGUGUGUCUCUGUGUGUGUGUGUGACUGCUUGAGUGUGUGUGCUCCAGCACGUAUGCAAGUGUGUGCGUGCGAGGAGACUCUGCUAAAUCAAAGAUUCAAAUGCUGUGUGGGUAGCUCGUAAGUCCAUUCUCCUCCUGCUCUUCAUUCUUCACUCUUCAGUCAUCAGUCUUCAGACCUCAGUCUUCACUCUUCUGACUUCAGUCUUCAGUCUUCUGGACGUAGACUCUUCUGCCGAACGCUCUGGCAUUCCUUUGUACAUUUACUCUAGCCCCAUUUCUUGUUAUCACUGUAAAGCAUAUUUUUGUACUUAAUUCUUAACGACUGUAACAUAUAUUUCGCACGUUUUUUAUACAUAAUCUUAUACGUUACCAUAAUACGUUAUCAUAAAGUUAAGCCAAAGAAAAAUGUUAAAAAUAUAAUAAUGUAAAAAGAGAAUAACACGCAGGAAAGAAGAACGAAAAUACAAACUUCAAAACCUAUUAACUAUUUAUACAUCUAA